AUGUGUAUGCUCUGCGCCGUGCAGCGCUGGUCGCGGCGCGUCGCCACCAUGCUCCCGUGGCUCGUCGUCCCGCUCAUCGCCAUCUGGGCCGCCACCCAGCUGCUCCUCCCGGCCGCCUACCGCUUCGAGGUCACCUCCCCGCGCCUCGCCUGCGUCUCCGUGCUCCUCCUCACCCUCUUCUGGUACGAGAUCCUCCUCCCGCGGCUCUCCCUCUGGCGCGCCCGCCGCUCCGCGCGCCUCCGCGAGGAGCGACGCGCCCAAGCCCUCGAGCUCCACAAGCUCCGCAAGACCGCCACCCGCCGCUGCCGCAACUGCAGCAACCCCUACAGGGACCAGAACCCCGGCGGCGGCAAGUUUAUGUGCUCCUACUGCGGCCACGUCUCCAAGCGCCCCGUGCUCGACCUUAUUUCGGCCGGGAAGGCCCCCUCCAGGUGGCCUUGCGCUCAGGAUUGCGGAGACUGGCUCGACCUGCGCUGCUCGGCCGGCGCCAGUACCUCCUUCUGGGGGUUCUCAUGGCACCUGCUGUUGUCAUUUUUCACAGCAACAGUGAGGUGUCCCUUGAGGAAGAUAUUCAGAUUUACAUCGUCAGGGGACGGUGAGGGCUUGGGCCCAGAUGGUAAGAGGUUGGCAAAGGGAGGGGAGAAUGGGGGAAAAGCUGAGGAGAGCAGGGUCGAGAAGGCGAGGAGGAAGGCAGAGGAGAAGAGGCUAGCGAGGCUGGAGAGGGAAAUGCUGGAGGAGGAAGAAAGGAAGCAGCGGGAAGAGAUGGCAAAGCUGGUGGAGGAACGCAGGAGGCUGAGGGAUGAGAAAGCUGAGGCCGAGGAGCGGUCCAAAAGCGUUACCCCUGUUGGGGAGAAGGAUGCUAGGAGGGAGGCAGAGAGGCGGCACCAGGAGAGGAGGAAGAAAGAGGACAAGGGGUCAAGCAAGAGUAACUCAGAUUGUGAGGAUAUUGAUAGGCGAUUGGGCAGAGAAGGUGACAGGAAAAGAGCCUUCGACAGAAAGAUUGACUCUGACAGACGUGAGGGUUACAAGCCUCAUUACUUUGAAGCUAACAAUCAUAGUAAUAAGACAGUGGAGAGCAGAGCGAAGUACCUCGGCCGUAUGACAGGUGGUUUCUUAUCUUCUUCAAGAGGGUUUGGCGGUGGUUCCUUCUUUGGCAGAAGUGCUCAGGCCCCUGCCCUCAAGUUAACAAGGUUAGCAGACCCGUAG